GCAUGAGCCACGGCGCCUGGCAUCUCUUUUUUAAAUACAGGUGUUUAUAGCUGUAAAUUUUCCACUGUGCACUGCUUUAGUUGCAUCUCAUAAAUUUAUUGACACUUAUUUCGUGUCCUAACAUAUGGUCGGCCCUGGAAAAUGUUCCAUGUACAGUUGAGAAAAAUGUGUAUUAUGCUGUUUUUACUGGAAUGUUCUAUAGAUAUCUGGUAGGUCUAGUUGCUUUACAGUUUAAAUUUUCUGUUUAUUUAUUGAUCUUCUGCCUAGUUGUUCUGUGUAUUACUGAAAGUGUGGUAUAGAAGCCUUCAACUUUUAUUGUUGAAUUAUCUGUUUCUCCUUUCCCUUCCGUGAGUUUUCUUUCUACUUUGGGCUCAGUUAGGUGUAUUUAUGUUUAUAAGUGUUAUUUCUCUCUCUCUCUCUCUUUCUCUUUUUUUUUUAAAGACAGGGUCUCACCCUGUUGCCCAGGCUGGAGUGCAGUGGUGCAGUCAUGGUUCACUGUAGCCUUGACCUCCUCUGCUCAAGCUGUCUUCCCACCUCCGCCUCCAGAGCAGCUGAAACUACAGGUGCACACCACCAAGCCCAGCUAAUUUCUAAAAACCAUAGAGGUUACUUACAGCAAGAAAACCUCAUUUCUACCUGCCAGACUUUUAUUUUGGAAAGUUCAGAUUUAAAAGAAUAUGCAGAACAUUGUACAGAUGAAGGGUUUAUUCCAGCCUGCUUACUGUCCUUAUUUGGAAAAAACUUGACAACAAUUUUAAAUGAGUAUGUAGCUAUGAAAACAAAAGAAACAUCAAAUAAUGUCCCAGCAAUAAUGUCAUCUUUAUGGAAGAAAUUGGACCAUACACUUUCUCAGAUCAGGAGCAUGCAAAGUUCCCCAAGGUUUGCUGGCAGUCAGAGAGCCCGAACAAGAACUGGAAUUGCAGAAAUCAAACGGCAGAGAAAGCUUGCAUCUCAAACAUCUCCAGCCAGUGCAGAGUUGCUCACUUUACCUUACCUUUCAGGACAGUUUACCACUUCUCCUUCCACAGGUACACAAGUUACUCGACCAAGUGGCCAAAUUUCAGACCCAUCAAGGUCAUAUUUUGUAGUGGUGAACCAUUCACAGUCACAAGAUACUGUAACCACUGGAGAAGCUUUAAAUGUCAUUCCUGGUGCUCAGGAAAAGAAAGCACAUGCCAGUUUAAUGUCUCCCGGUAGACGCAAAAGUGAAUCUCAGAGAAAAAGUACCACUUUGUCUGGCCCUCAUUCAACAAUACGGAAUUUCCAAGAUCCAAACGCUUUUGCAGUAGAAAAACAAAUGGUUAUUGAAAAUGCACGAGAAAAAAUACUAAGCAACAAAUCUCUUCAAGAAAAGCUAGCAGAAAACAUAAAUAAAUUUUUAACUAGUGAUAACAAUAUUGCCCAAGUACCUAAGCAAACGGAUAACAACCCUACAGAGCCAGAGACUUCAAUUGAUGAAUUCCUAGGACUUCCGAGUGAAAUUCACAUGUCUGAAGAAGCUAUACAGGACAUAUUGGAACAGACAGAAUCAGACCCAGCAUUUCAGGCACUCUUUGAUCUCUUUGACUAUGGUAAAACAAAGAAUAAUAAAAAUAUAUCACAGAGUAUUUCCAGUCAACCUAUGGAAUCCAAUCCCAGUAUAGUCUUAGCAGAUGAAACUAAUCUAGCAGUUAAAGGUUCUUUUGAAACAGAAGAAUCUGGUGGUCAGUCUGGUCAGCCCCCAUUUUGUACAUCCUAUCAGAAUGAUGACCCAUUAAAUGCUUUGAAGAAUAGCAACAACCAUGAUGUGCUUAGACAAGAAGACGAGGAAAAUUUUUCCCAAAUAAGUGCCAGCAUACAGAAAAAGGCCUUUAAAACAGCUGUACCCACUGAACAGAAAUGUGACAUUGACAUUACCUUUGAGUCCGUGCCUAAUUUGAAUGACUUUAACCAAAGAGGGAAUUCUAAUGCUGAAUGUAAUCCACAUUGUGCUGAAUUAUACACCAAUCAGAUGUCCACUGAAACUGAAAUGGCUAUAGAGAUUGAAAAGAACUCUUUGUCUUCAAAUGUACCAAAUGAAUCUCAAUUACAGCCUGAUCAGCCUGAUAUACCAAUAACUUCAUUUGUUUCACUUGGUUGUGAAGCUAACAAUGAAAACUUAAUUCUCUCUGGGAAAAGUUCUCAACUUUUAUCCCAAGAUACUUCAUUAACUGGAAAGCCAUCUAAAAAAAGUCAGUUUUGUGAAAAUUCUAAUGAUACAGUAAAACUUAAAAUUAAUUUUCAUGGUUCCAAGUCACCAAAUUCUAGUGAAAUUCACAAGAGUGAAAUAGAAAUUAAUGUGUUAGAACCAGUUAUGUCACAGCUAUCAAAUUGCCAAGGUAAUUCUUGUCUUCAGAGUGAAGUACUACCUGUGUCUGUUGAAAGUUCACAUUUAAAUGUAUCCGGACAACAAGUAGAAAUUCAUCUUGGAGAUUCGCUGUCUUCUACUAAACAACCAUCUAAUGAUUCAACAUCUGCUGAGUUAAGUCGUACAGAAAAUGAAGCCCAGCCAUCCAAGUCUGAGAAUUCACAAGAGCCUUCAUCAUCUGUAAAAGAAGAGAAUACUAUUUUUCUCUCUUUAGGUGGAAAUGAUAACUGUGAGAAAGUUGCACUGACGCCUCCAGAAGGCACUCCUGUAGAAAACAGUCACUCUCUUCCUCCAGAAUCUGUGUGUUGUUCAGUGGGAGAUUCUCACUCUGAGUCCCAAAAUACUGAUGAUAAACCUUCUAGCAACAACUUAGCAGAGAUAGAUGCAUCAAAUAUUGUCUCUCUCAAAGUUAUCAUUAGUGAUGAUCCAUUUGUUUCCUCAGAUACUGAACUUACCAGUGCUGUUUCUAGUAUUAAUGGAGAAAACCUGCCAACUAUAAUCUUGUCUUCUCCUACUAAAUCACCUGCUAAAAAUGCAGAAUUAGUUAAAUGCCUGUCCUCAGAAGAAACUGUAGGUGCUGUUGUAUAUGCUGAAGUAGGGGAUUCAGCCUCAAUGGAACAGAGUCUUUUAGCAUUCAAAUCUGAAGACUCUGCAGUAAACAACACUCAGAAUGAAGAUGGCAUUGCUUUUUCAGCUAAUGUUACACCAUGUGUUUCCAAGGAUGGAGGAUAUAUACAGCUGAUGCCAGCCACAAGCACAGCUUUUGGCAAUUCAAAUAACAUUCUGAUAGCUACCUGUGUGACUGAUCCAACAGCAUUAGGAACAUCUGUAAGUCAGUCUAAUGUAGUGGUGUUGCCUGGAAAUUCUGCACCUAUGACUGCUCAACCUCUACCGCCUCAGUUACAGACACCACCAAGAUCAAACAGUGUAUUUGCUGUCAACCAAGCUGUGUCACCAAACUUUUCACAAGGAUCUGCCAUAAUAAUUGCCUCUCCAGUGCAGCCUGUACUCCAAGGAAUGGUAGGGAUGAUCCCAGUAUCUGUGGUUGGACAGAAUGGAAAUAACUUUUCUACUCCUCCUCGGCAGGUUCUUCAUAUGCCUUUGACAGCACCUGUAUGCAAUAGAAGUAUCCCUCAAUUCCCCGUCCCUCCAAAAUCUCAGAAGGCUCAGGGACUAAGAAACAAGCCUUGUAUAGGAAAACAAUUAAAUAAUUUGGUGGAUUCGUCAGGUCACUCAGUUGGAUGUCAUGCACAAAGAACUGAAGUUUCUGACAAGAAUAUUGCCACGGAUCUUGGGAAGAAAUCAGAAGAAACCACAGUUCCCUUCCCAGAAGAGAGUGUAGUUCCAGCUGCUAAACCAUGCCACAGACGUGUACUCUGUUUUGACAGCACUACUGCUUCUGUGGCAAAUACACAGGGGCCAAACCAUAAGAUGGUAUCCCAAAACAAAGAAAGGAAUGCAGUCUCUUUCCCUAAUCUUGACUCACCCAAUGUGUCCUCCACCUUAAAACCCCCUUCUAAUAAUGCUGUCAAAAGAGAGAAAGAGAAGCCUCCUCUGCCUAAGAUUUUAUCUAAAUCAGAAAGUACCAUUAGCCGACAUACCACCGUAAGAGAAACUCAAUCAGAAAAGAAAGUUCCACCAACAGAAAUUGUGCUUGAAUCUUUCCAUAAAGCAACAGCUAAUAAGGAGAAUGAAUUAUGCAGCGAUGUAGAAAGGCAGAAAAAUCCAGAAAAUUCGAAACUAUCUAUUGGGCAGCAAAAUGGGGGUUUGCGAAGUGAGAAAUCUAUAGCUUCACUGCAAGAAAUGACCAAAAAACAAGGAACAUCUUCAAACAAUAAAAAUGUCCCUUCAGUAGGUACAGCUGUGAAGGAUCUAAAACAAGAACAAACUAAAUCCGCCAGUUCUUUGAUUACCACAGAAAUGUUACAGGAUAUACAGAGGCACAGCUCAGUAAGUAGGCUUGCCGAUAGUAGUGAUUUACCUGUACCCCGGACACCUGGCUCAGGGGCAGGGGAAAAACAUAAAGAAGAACCUAUAGAUAUUAUCAAGGCCCCCUCUAGUAGGCGUUUCAGUGAAGACAGUAGUGCAUCAAAAGUAAUGGUCCCUCCUGUCACCCCAGACUUGCCUGCCUGCAGCCCCGCCAGUGAAACAGGCAGUGAAAACAGUGUAAAUAUGGCUGCCCACACAUUAAUGAUUCUCUCCAGGGCAGCCAUUUCUAGGACUACUUCAGCAACUCCUCUAAAAGAUAACACACAACAGUUUAGAGCAUCUUCAAGGAGCACCACAAAAAAGCGGAAAAUUGAGGAAUUAGAUGAACGUGAGCGAAACUCUCGUCCUUCUAGUAAAAAUCUUACAAAUUCAUCAAUACCAAUGAAAAAGAAGAAAAUUAAGAAAAAGAAGCUUCCCAGUUCAUUUCCAGCAGGAAUGGAUGUAGACAAAUUUUUGUUAUCAUUGCAUUAUGAUGAGUAAACAUUCUGGACACAUAAGAACAGUAGGUGUUCAAAACUCAUAUCCCUGAAACUGAGUGUAGGGAAUGGGAUAUUGACAGAAUCUGAAAGCAUGACCUGCACUUUCGUUGUACUGAAAUUUCACUUUAUAUCUAAAUCAUGCUGUUUCUGAAACAGCUUCCUAGUUUGUAAAUAGACUUACUUGGUAUAUUUUUAUUUUGGGAAAAACAUUUGCAGAAAUGUAAGUAAAGCCAAUCUGCAAAACUGUAUAGCUUUGACAAUUCUAUAUUGUAAAUACUGUGUAAAUCUUGUUGAAAUAGAGGUUAAAUCAACCUAAUGUUCUUACACUGUGUUUUUUGACUUCUUAUGAUCCCUAAUUCUGAGACUUACUCAUCUGGAAUAGUUUCUCUACUUGUUUUAGAGGAAAAUGAUGCUUAUUCUUAUAAAUUACCUUUAGUAACUAUUCAACAAGACAUUUAAAUACACAACCACUAAGUACUACAAAAUGAAAAGUACCUCAACUGAUAGCAAAAUAUCUAAUUAGAAAUCAACAGUUUGAUGAGUCUUUUCCUAGAGUGAAUACUACCCCUUUCUUAUAAUUGCUGUAAGUAUUAUAUUUCUGGAAUUUUACACUUUACCUAUUCUGAUCACUCUGUUCUCUUUGUUUUAAAGAGAGAAUUUUGUAAACCAUUUAUUGAAUGUUCUGAUCUUUCAUUUAUAACUUUUAAGAUUUUUUACAGAACUUUAAGUGGUUAGACUGUUGAGCCAUAUAAAGUUUGGUUUGUAGUAGAGAUUUCUCGGUAUGUACUUUUCCCCUAAAUGCUGGGGAUUUAAAGAAUUGCACUAAUUCAUAGAACUCUUUACAUUGUAGUGACCAAUGCACAUAUAAUUUAAAUCUUGUGUUCUAUGUGAAAGCUUAUGUGGAGGAUUAUCUUCUGGUGUUGUGUCCAUCAUAAGAUGUAAAAAGAGAAAUCAUAGUUUUAUAUUUUAGUUUCUCCUACAAUGGGUAUGUUAAAUAACUAUAUCUAUACUUAGAUAUAGUGCAUUGUCUGUGUCCCUUAAAGUGUUACAAAGAGUUUCUCUCAAAAGGUCCUUAAGGAGAGUGAGAGAUGAGAAAGGUGCCUUCUCUGUAUUAGACUCACACACAUCAGUCAAGUUGAAGAAUUGGUUUAAACUUUUAAAUGAGAACAGAAAUUAUAAUUAGUACCUGACCAAUUGUGCCUAGAUAUUAAAGUAUGUUCUCUUUAGUACUUUCCGUUCAAUUAAAUAUCAGUAUAUUAGGGAUUUUUUUCUACAGGUGUAUAUUUUGUUAAAGAGUCACUUUCCUCAACCAUUUUUUUGUACUGGUAGCCUUUAAAAAAAUAAAUCCAUCCGACUUUAACACAACAUUUCUCAGUGUAGAAAUCCUGUCUUCUUCAUUGCUGAACCUUACUGCAAAAACUUGUGAUGUAAGAAAUUUGUAUGAUGUGGCAGUGGUCUAUUCCUAAGGAACUAAAUAUCAUAUAGUUAAUGUUUAUUUAACUCAACUUGAGACUGUACUACAGUUAGGUUUGAAUAAAUAUUUUCAUUAACUUCAAAAGUUUGAAUUACUUUAUAUUGGCAGUCUUGUUUAGAAACUGAUUAAAUUCCUUUGCAAAUCAGUUCUUACUCUUUUUUGGGAGUUUGUACAAUGCUGAAAAUCACAGAGUUUUCUUCUUAUUCAAUUCUUACUUGUAUGUACUAAGUACUGAAAAUUCGUAUACAAAUAAAAUAAGUUUGCUUUCUUCAAGAUUCAUAGUUAACUAACCAGGAACUGCUAAAUAAAGUCGAAAGAUAACUUGUACUUGGAGCUUUUAUGUUCAAGGGCAAAAUCAUAUCCCCAUUUUACCUUAAAAGUCCACAGGUCCUGGACUUAAUUAUACUAUUGUACCUGGUAACCUAUUUGAAUACUUAAAUGCCCAGUGACUGCAAUUCAGGGUUGAUGUAUACUACAACAAUCCAUGGCUGUUUUUAUAAUUACAUAUAAGGAUCCAGUCUGUUGUUUGGAUAUUACUUAGAGGUUAAUGCAGUCAGUGUAUGCCAAAUCUGAGAAGUGUUGUUAAGUAAAAUCUUGUUACAGAUUUAGCCCUGGAUAUUAUUAGAACUACAGUGUGUUGAAAUUGCACAUGAGAAAAGCAUCCAUCAGCAUUCAUGCAAAGGCUACAUGUCAUGACUAUUAGGAGUAAUUUCAAAAGCAUAUUACUAUAUAUUCUGCAUUCAUCCUUUCUCUGGUCAUCAUCUUUCAGGCUCAAGCCCAGCUUUCUGAAAUUACAUAAGUUUUGACUUUAUUGUUAGUUAUUUUGCUGCUUCCUUUAAGCAAUGGACUCAUUGUGUACUUUUUUCUUUUUAUAAAUGUUAUCAUUUUGUCAUACUUUUGUCUUUUUUUGUAAAUUUUUAUCUACAUUGUUGAACUCAUGAUACAUACAGCUUCCUAAUGCUUUUUGUUUUGUUUUUUUGAGAGAGGGUCUCACUCUGUUGCAGGCUGAAGUACAGUGGCAAAAUCAAGGCUCACCACAGCCUCGACCUCCCAGGCUAAAGUGAUCCUCUUACCUCAGCCUGCCGAGUAGCUGGGACUACAGGCACAUUCCAUCGCACCCAGUUUUUUAUUUGUUUUGUUUUUUGUUUUUUUUUUUUGUCUUUCAGAGAGAUGGGGUCUCACUGUGUUGCCCAGGCUGAUCUUAAACUCUUGGACUCAAGCAGUCCUCCUGCCUCGGCCUCCCAAGUGUUGGGAUUACAGGCAUGUGAGCCACUUCAUCCAGCUGCUUCUUUUACUUCCAAUAAUAUAAAGCUUUUUCCUUUUUUUAGCUAUUACAAACAAAAACAGCAGUUAAACAUUUGUUUAUGUUAAUUAUUUCGUUAGAAAUUUUAGAGAUUAGAAUUACCAAAUCAAGAAGUUAGUGUACCUUUUUUUAAGGUUCUCAGUACAUUUUGCCAUAUGCUGCUAUUAAACUUGGCGUCAGUUUACAUUUCUACCAGCAAAUUGUCAUUUUUUUGCAUAGCAUAUGCUUAUCUAUUUCCAGAGGCAUAUUCACCUAUAUCAUCACCUGUUUCUAGGUUUGUAUUUCCUGAUUUGGUAAAAUUAAGAGUUAGCUCCUAAUCCAUUUGUUACUUGUUUUGGUACCUGAUUUGAAAAAAGGGUCAGUGUACAUUUUUUUCCCUAAAUAUGUAACUGCUUGACAGUUUGUUCACUUGACAAUUUAACCACUGCACAGUUUGUUCAGAUAAGCUUUCCUUUCCCCUGUUCAUUUAUUUAAGAUGUCUGUCUUAUCCUACACUGAUUAACAAUCUCUUAUUCACAAUUCUAAAACCCAAAAGGUUCUGGCAACCAAUUUUUUCCCCUGAGAUUUAACAUCAGAACUCAUUCUGUGGCAAACCUGACCUGAAAUGACACGAGGCUACUUAACAGUCUUUAUCUCAUUUAUAGUAAUGUUGAGUCUGCUGUUCCAGACUCAACCAGGGGGCAUAUGGUGCAUACAUUUGAGUUAUUUUUUAGAAAUCCAAAAUAUUCUGAUUUAUGAACCCCAGCUAAUCCCAAAGGUGUAUGAUCAAAGAUUUUGGACUUGUACUAAAUGUAUACACAUAUAUACACACUAUAUGGUAUGUGUAUAAUCUUUCUGUGCUACUGAUUAAAUCAUUAUAACUUUUGUGUCCA